AAAGCCGACAUGGACCGAUGGCUCUUCAGUACACGUUCAAUAUGCGUGGUGAAAAGAUGUCUCAACCAACACAUAUACAGCUCGCCUUUUUCCUGUGCCUUACGCUUUCGGUUCUCGUUGGAUCACUGAAUGCAGAAUGCUGCAAAGAUGGCGAGAUAAAGAUCGACGAGGAUGAUUGCACCAAGUACUAUGUCUGCUGCACCGGCAAGUUCGUUCAGAAAUCUUGUGACCCUGGUGACUGGUGGAACUGGGCUUCCGGCAAGUGUGAAACAGAUAACGGCGAGUGCAGCUGCGGCGAGACCCCGACUUGUACCGAAGGGGAAUUGAAAGAGAAUCCUGCAGACUGCGCAGCAUAUCUCGAGUGUGUGAAUGGAAUCUUUGUGAGUCAGAAGUGUGCCGAUAAUUCGUACUUUAACGUCACUCUGGGAAUGUGCGUUAUUGACGAAAACGGAGUGUGCGUUGGCUGUGAGGAGGGAAGCACUGAUGCGGACUCCGCAGACUGUACCAAAUAUAAAGUCUGCUCCGGUGGAAAGUUCGUAUCCAAAUCGUGUGGCAUCGGAGACUACUGGAACGCGCUUAAGUCCGAGUGCCAAAGGGACAAUGGAGAGUGCAAUGGAAACUCCACCUGCACAGAGGGAGAACUGGAGGCGGAUCCCACAGACUGCGCUGGAUAUUGGGACUGUAUCCAAGGAAACCUUGUGAGUCAGAAGUGUGCCGAUAAUUCGUACUUUAACGUCACUCUGGGAAUGUGCGUUAUUGACGAAAACGGAGUGUGCGUUGGCUGUGAAGAGGGAAGCACUGAUGCGGACUCCCAGACUGACCAAAUAUAAAGUCUGCUCGGGAAAGUUCGUAUCCAACGUGUGGCAUCGGAGACUACUGGAAUCCAAGGAUGGAGAGUGCAUGGAAACUCCACCGCAGAGGGAGAACUGGAGGCGGAUCCCACAGACUGCGCUGGAUAUUGGGACUGUAUCCAAGGAAACCUUGUGAGUCAGAAGUGUGCCGAUAAUUCGUACUUUAACGUCACUCUGGGAAUGUGCGUUAUUGACGAAAACGGAGUGUGCGUUGGCUGUGAGGAGGGAAGCACUGAUGCGGACUCCGCAGACUGUACCAAAUAUAAAGUCUGCUCCGGUGGAAAGUUCGUAUCCAAAUCGUGUGGCAGCGGAGACUACUGGAACGCGCUUAAGUCCGAGUGCCAAAGGGACAAUGGAGAGUGCAAUGGAAACUCCACCUGCACAGAGGGAGAACAGGGCGUGAAUCCCGCUGACUGCGCUGGAUACUUGGAGUGUAUCCAUGGAAGCUUGGUUGCUAGAAAGUGUCCAGACUUGAACUACUUCAAUGUCACACAGAAGCAGUGUGUUUUGGACACCGAAGGCGUGUGCAUCAGCAAAGUCUGCGACCCAGAGUGCUGCGAUAAGCCCGACAAUUGGAUGGGGCCUGUAGAUAAUAAUUGUUCUGCCUUCAUUCAGUGUGUCAAUGGCAUCAAAUAUGAGCAAAGGUGUCCGAAUAACCUGCAGUUCAACAAUAUCACGCUUGGCUGUGACUUCCCUGAGAAUGUGCAAUGUGAGGACGGGUCUGCGCCACCCAGCGGUCCUAAUGCCGGACCAUCUGGCAUCGCAUGCGAAAGCCAGGGUCGUUGUGUUGGCAAGAGGGACGGAACCAUGUUCGGCGAUGCCAGCAAUACGUGUAGCAACGCCUAUGUGGUCUGCCAGUGCGAGUGUGAGGUGGAGCUCAGCUGCAGCGCUGGUUUGAUAUACAAUCCGCAGUACAAGGUCUGCGAUUGGCCCGCAAAUGUGAAUUGCUAAAUAAUUCAAUAAACAUAUAUUUUUGACAGCGCA